AUGAAUAAAAAUGAGCUGGUGCAGAAGGCCAAGCUGGCCGAGCUGGCAGAGCGAUAUAAUGACAUGGCAGCCUGCAUGAAGUCUGUCACUGAGCAGGGAGUGGAGCUGUCGAAUGAGGAGAGGAACCUUCUCUCUGUUGCUUAUAAAAACGUUGUAGGAGCCCGUAGGUCAUCUUGGAGGGUCGUCUCAAGUAUUGAGCAGAAGACGGAAGGUGCUGAGAAAAAGCAGCAGAUGGCUCGAGAAUACAGAGAGAAGAUCGAGACGGAGCUGCGCGACAUCUGCAAGGAUGUACUGCUGUCUCUUUUGGAAAAGUUCUUGAUCCCCAAUGCUUCCCAACCAGAAAGCAAAGUCUUCUAUUUGAAAAUGAAGGGUGACUACUACCGUUACUUGGCCGAGGUUGCUGCUGGUGAUGACAAGAAAGGAAUUGUGGACCAGUCACAGCAAGCAUACCAAGAAGCAUUUGAAAUCAGCAAAAAGGAGAUGCAGCCGACACACCCCAUCAGACUGGGUCUGGCCCUCAACUUCUCUGUGUUCUACUACGAGAUCCUGAACUCCCCAGAGAAAGCCUGCUCUCUUGCAAAAACAGCUUUCGAUGAAGCCAUUGCUGAACUUGAUACAUUAAGUGAGGAGUCCUACAAAGACAGCACGCUAAUAAUGCAGUUACUGAGAAACAACUUGACAUUGUGGACAUCGGAUACCCAAGGAGAUGAAGCAGAAGCAGGAGAAGGAGGGGAAAAUUAACCGGUCUUCCAACCUUUGUCUGCCUCAUUCUAAAAUUUACACAGUAGACCAUUUGUCAUCCAUGCUGUCCCACAGAUAGUUUUUUUGUUAACAAUUUAUGACAGGUUUAUGUUACUUCUAUUUGAAUUUCUAUAUUUCCCAUGUGGUUUUUAUGUUUUAAUAUUAGGGGAGUAGAGCCAGUUAACUUUAGGGAGUUACUCGUUUUCAUCUUGAGGUGGCCAAUAUGGGAUGUGGAAUUUUUACACGAGUUACA